AUUAGACGAUAAUAAUCCAUUCAAGUAUUGUUUUUCAAGAUAUUUAACAUAUCAAAUUCUGCGCUUAAAGACAAGCACAUUUUGCAAGAAAUCUGAAAAUUUCGAAAUAACAAUUGUGUGUAUGUGUGUAUGCUUUCACAUUGCAUAACUUCUAUUAAUUUCCCAUAGGAUAGGAUUUAGGCGCACAAUAUGAAACAUACUCUUUCCACUAAUUAUUUGACAGAAAUCUCACAAUCAACGUAAUAUGCGAAUGAUUGAUAUCGACUAACUGAAAGAUCUGAAUAUAUACCUACUAAGUGUCUUGUGUACAAAACAAAAAUAUAGCGCGACAGUUGGGAGAAACAGAUUGUAAUAACGAAAAUUGUUUUAAGUUUUCUUCUCUUAUUGUAAAAGACGUGUUAUCUUUUCAUCUCAAUUUUCUUAUCGUGAAACAUAAACGAUAAAAGAAUAAUAAGAGCUUGUACAAAAGGGUAUAAAAGCUGAACUUGUCAUGUCCUCGAUAUGCAGUAAAUUCGCAACAAACGUGAUAUCGAAACAUGUCUCGCACUAUUUUCUGUCUUCUCGUUGUUGUCGUUGUGUUAUCAACUGUUUGGGGUAAUCCGCCGAAAAAAUGCGGAAAAAAUGAAAUAUGGACUGAAUGCGGUUCAGCAUGUCCCCCAAAAUGUAAUCCCCCAAAAGAACCACAAGCUUGUAUUGCUCUGUGCGUUAAAGGUUGUGCAUGUAAACCUGGGUACUUGAGAAAUAAACAUAAUGAAUGUGUCCGUCCGUGCGAUUGCAAAUGCUAAUAAAGAAACUACAAUGAUUUAUUUUUAAACUUCAACUUUUUUGCAACGCAAUUAUUAAAAAAUUAUUAUUUUAAUUAUAUAUUAUUUAACGUCAAAACUCUUUGGUAUCUUUAUACUUAUAAAUUUGUGGUGUAAUAUGUAUAAAUAAUAUAAUCUCUCUGAGCGUAUGUAACUUGAUAAUAAAAAUAAAAUAGUUUAAAAAUAGACACAUGUUUAUAUAUAUAUAUUUGUUUCUAUAUUUUUAAAAAUACGAGAUUCUCCAUCAAGAAAAUUAAAUGACAGAAACAUCUUCCGUCAAUAAAUGAGAAGAAAGAUCAUGUGUGAAAGAGAAUAUAUACUUUUUUCAUCCUCAUUGCAUUUCUAAGAACUGAACGAAGAUUCAUACGUCAAUGCUGUUUAAAUAACAAGUAUUCGGUUUCAACGAAACGAAUAAUAUAGCUAAUAUUGACUGUUAUGAAACAAAUCGCAUAUAGAUAAACUGCGUGUUAGUGAUAUUGAUAUAUUCAAAUUUAGGAGAAAGAAAGAAAUAUUAUAUUACUUAGAGUAAUUAUUAUUAUAGUAUUACUUAUAUUAUUAGAAUAAUUCUAUUAAAAUAUAAAAGUUAAUUUUUGACGCGUUAUAUGAAUAUACAGAAUCGAAAAAAAAAAAUUAUAUUACGUAUCCUAAUUAAUUCUUUUCUAUAAUAAA